GUCCUGUGCCUAGGCAAGAGGAAAAAUCAGCUUGUCUGCCUUCCUCCACCUUUGGAGCCAGCUGCUCGCUUGCUGACUCAAGAACUGUAGUUACUGACAGGCGUGGAGCCGUAAACUAUUACUGUCCUGCAGUUCUCUUGAAGUAGGGUGGGGAGAGUAGGUGAAAACGUCGAUACAACUGUGAACUGAAAGAACUGAAAGUUUUUUGUGAGAGGAAGUCUGUGCUUGCGCUUGUGUUUUCUGAAGCGGUGAAGGAAAGAUUCCUUUAUUAAGCACACAGACUCAUUGUGUGCUCCCUAGAGCACCUAUGUGACUCGCCCUGUGUCUUGACCACUCCCCUAGGUGGACUUCUGUGUCAGCAGCGCAGGAUCUGCAUUCCACCGAUGACAGAACUUUGAGGAUUUUUGAGAGGUGGACAGUGUCCUCUUGUUUGUUUGGACAAACACUUGACAAGCUGGAUCAGAAAUACUUUCCUGGGAUGUUAAGUAAAUAAAGCAGAAGCCUAGCAAGUAGUAGGGUGGAUAUUUUGUUUCCCUUUUCGUGUAUGAAGUUCAAAGGCUCUGAAGUUAAAUAACAAACUUUGCAGCCAUGCAAACGGAAGCAGACUGCUUCAGUCCAGAAGCUCAGAAACUGGCUGAAGCAAGGCUCGCAGCAAAGCGAGCAGCACGAGCAGAAGCACGAGAGAUCCGAAUGAAAGAACUUGAGAGGCAGCAGAAGGAGAUCUAUCAGGUCCAAAAGAAAUAUUAUGGUCUGGAUACAAAGUGGGGUGACAUCGAGCAGUGGAUGGAAGACAGUGAGCGUUAUUCUCGUAGAUCCAGAAGAAAUGCCUCGGCUUCAGAUGAAGAUGAGCGCAUGUCAGUGGGUAGCCGUGGAAGCCUGAGGUCUGACUUGGAGUAUGCCAGCGCCUAUCCAGUGGCUGGAUUAGAGAAUGAGAGGACCAAAAAGAAGAACUCCAAAGCAACCAAUGGUUAUGAUGAAGACAUGUAUGGAUCAUCCCAGAGUAGAAAAUCUAGCAGGAGCUCCAACUACAGCGGGGAGAGCAGAAAAUCUACAAAGAAGUCAUCCAGGGAGGAGAAGUCGCCCUCCUUGCUGUACAGUGAUGUUCUGCCUGCCAGAAGUUACAGGGCGUCUCUGUAUGAUGAGAGCAUUUACAGUGGGAAUCGUCGAUAUAGUGCCUCUAGUUCUCGUGCUCCGUCGGAGUAUAGCUGCUACCUUGGCUCCGGAUCUCGGGCAUCUUCUAGAGCCAGCUCUGCUCGGGCAAGUCCAGUGGUUGAAGAAAGGCCAGAAAAAGACUUUGAGAAGGGAGCUCGUACUGUGUCAAGCUUAUCAGCAGCUACACUAGCCUCUCUGGGUGGAACUUCCUCCCGGAGAGGCAGUGGGGACACCUCCAUCUCCGUUGAUACUGAGGCAUCCAUUAGAGAAAUUAAGGAUAUCAAUGAGUUAAAGAACCAGAUUCAGGAUGUAGAAGGCAAAUACAUGCAGGGAUUGAAAGAAAUGAAGGACUCCCUAGCAGAAGUUGAAGAGAAAUAUAAAAAGGCUAUGGUGUCUAAUGCUCAACUAGACAAUGAGAAAACAAACUUCAUGUACCAAGUUGAUACCUUGAAGGAUGCAUUGUUAGAGUUAGAAGAACAGCUGGCAGAAUCCAGGAGGCAAUAUGAAGAGAAAAGCAAAGAAUUUGAGCGGGAAAAGCAUGCUCAUAGCAUAUUGCAGUUUCAGUUCACGGAAAUCAAGGAGACCCUGAAGCAAAGAGAAGAAAUGCUCGAGGAAAUCCGACAGCUGCAACAGAAACAGGAGAGCUAUAUCAGGGAAAUUUCUGAUCUUCAGGAGACGAUAGAGUGGAAAGACAAAAAAAUAGGGGCGUUAGAGAGGCAGAAAGAGUUCUUUGAUUCCAUAAGGAGUGAGCGGGAUGACCUCAGAGAUGAGGUGGUUGUGCUGAAGGAACAACUGAAGAAACACGGAAUAAUCCCAAACUUGGAAGUAGCCACCAAUGGAGAGGCUUUAGAUGGUCUCGAUAAUGAAGCACAUUCAGAUUCUACCAAGAUUACUCCAGGAGCGACUCAGACCCUACAGACAGCUGGGGAUGGGACACUAGGCAGAGCGAAUGAAGUGGAGAUGAAAGAUGAGAUUUUGGAGGAUGUGGGGAAAAGAGAAAUCUUGCAGAAUACUGAGCAUGAGGAACACAAAGAGGAGUCUGAGGAGCGGGAAAUUGUAAAGGAGUGUACGGAGAGAAAGACAUUGCAUGCUGAUGAAAAUACAGAGGCAGAGAAAACCAUGGAAGACAAUGAUGUCACAUCAACAGUGAUGUUAAGUAGUGGAUGUGAGGAACAAAUUCAAAGCCACACAGAACAUGUUUCAGGAAAUGUUUCUUCCACUGAAAAUAGUGAUGUAAUUGAGUUGAGAAAGGAAACAGAAUCAGGAGAUGAUAGCAUAGAAGCCCAACAGCUUGGUAGUAAGGAAUCUGAACAUAGUGAUUUAAAUCACUUGACUAAUGAGAAUUGGGAAACAGGUACACUGCAAAGUCAGGGUAUUGAGACUCCUCUGGGAAUACCUACUGACAUAGACACAGAGCAUGAAUCUGAAAGAGUUGCACAAGAGCAGAAAGUAAAACAAGAGGAUUUUACAAUUUGCCAGAGAGAAGACAGUAUUGAAAUAUUUCAGGAAGCUCUUGAUUUUGUGGUUAGCAGCCAUGCAUCAGCUUCUGAACAGUCAGGAUCACCAGAAGGUGCAAGAGCAGGUACAGGUAAUGAAGAAUCACAUGUGGAGGCUCACACUGAAAGUCUCUGUCAAGCAGAAGAAAGCACUGAAAAUGAGGUUAUGAGUAGCUUGGAGAAACAGCUUGAUGAAGAUGAAGGGUGCAUAGACAGAACAAUUAGUAAAGUAGGGAGUGGUAAAAAUGAGAGUGAUACAGCCAAAGAAGAAAAUAAGACUGGAAAUACAGUUCCGAGUCAGGGAAGGAAAGAAGUAGAUUCUGUGGAAGAGGAGGGAGAAGCAACAUGUGAAAGUGAGGUCACACCAGAUACAAUUGUAAACGAACAAAAGCCAGAUGAAACACAUACUCUAUCCACUUUUUCAAAGAGCGAUCUGAUAUUAGCGGAAGAGGAAGGAAAUAUGCAAGAUGAGGCAGAGAAUGAGAAGGAUAUUGCUGGGAAGGGACAAACAAAAGACAUAGGAAAGAUGGAAGAAUUGACAGGCAUGUUGGAUGUACAACCAGAUUCUGAAAACAAAAGGGUGGAAGAAGAGGAACCUGUGGCAUCCCUAGAUGAAUUUGCAGAGAUAAAAGAGGGUGUAUCGCAUCAGACAGGGCAGGACCAAGAUGUCAUGAAAGAGAGUCAAUCCCAAGAAACUAUUUUAGUUCCUUGUCCUAGCGAUCAUGAAAUUGAGGAGUCAAACACAGAAAUGUGGGAUGAAUCUAGGAAAGGAAAGGAAAGUAGAGGUGAGUUGAUGGAAGAUGAGAGAACACAGGUAGAAACCCAAACAAUUAAGUGCAGUGAAGAAAUAAAGAAUAAUCCAAUACAAGAAAAAGAGAAGACUGUAGAAAAUGAAAUGCAGAAAGUAGUUAAACAAGAGGAAGAUGAAUCUAGACAAGAAUUGACUCAAGAUGUCAGUGUAAUUAUUGAAGAGAAUGUUGAUGAUAAAGAGGCAUCAGUGGAAAGUAGCGAGAAGCUGGAUCUUCCAGACCAGCAGCAUGAUAGAUUUGUUUCCGAUGAUAGUUCAUUGCAGAAAAUCACAAAACUAUCACAGCAACUUAGUGAAUCCCUUGAAGGCAACACAAAGGAAAUGGAAGUUCAGAACGCUGUGUUAGAUGAUGCAUGUCAACUUAGCAGAAAAGAAGGGGAUACAAAACAGAUGGGAAAUGGGAAUGAGGAAGAUGAAAAUAAAGGAAUAGAAGAGCAGCAUGAAUUACAAGAAGUUAAGAAACAGGAAGUUGUUCCAGAUAUUGAGGAAGAUGCUGAUUACCUCAAGACACAGAAAGCAGAGCUGGAUGAGAAGCCCGAUGAACAAGUUGAGGUGGAGGGUCAAGAGGAGGAAAUAGUGGAAGAUGAUGGUAAAAAAAUUGAUUUUGAUGAUGAAUUAGGGCAGAUAUUAAAAGCUCCUGGAAAGCAUGAUGCUGAGGAAGUUACUACACAAACGUUGGAGGAAGUUAGGGAAAAGGAAAUAGUCACAGAAACUGCCAAAACAGAAAAAGGUGAAAAGGAGGAAACUCAUCAAAGCAGAACCCAGAGUGUAGAGAAUGAGGGCAUGAUUACUGAAGGCAAUGCUAGUAUCCAGCAGGAAAAAGGAAAGGGAACUGAAGAAGCUGGUCAUUUGCAAACUGAUGCAUCUCAGUCUGCAGCUCCAGAAAAAGCAUGUGAUCUGGUGGAGGACGAAACUGGAAAUGAAAAAGUGUUAGACAGCAAUGAUAUGGAAAAAAUAGCUGAUGGAUAUUCAUCAGAACAGGAGUUAGGAAAUGUAGGAAACACUAGGGAUGAAAGCAAAGAGGAUAUGCAAGCUAGUAGAAGGGGCAAGGGUAGAUCUAAAGAAGAUUGUAUGAUAUCAUGAGUUCAAAAUCUAGGACCCAAAUAAGUUACAUACCAUUCUAUCUGUUUCAGUACAAAAAUGCAUUUUGCACAAUAAAUCAGACUUUAGAAAUACUCUUUAAGUUUCUCUGAAUGCAAGUCUCAUAGUACAAUGUCAAUCUAUACAUAUGGGCAUCCUUCCAAGUUAGUUACUGCGAUACAUGUCCACCAGAGAUUAAACAUGUAGAUUUGUUUUAAAUCUCUCAGGUUUCAUAUUUUAUCACCAAAAGAACAAGCAGCACAAAUGUACUGUUCAGGUUCACGUCUAGUUAAAAUGCUUCUAAGGCAGAUCUCUCCUACCAAGAGACCUUAAAUACUGCUCUUAUUUUCUAGACUAGUUUUAAGUAAAUUAGAUGUUUUGAAUGUACUUAAAUACCUGCCAUACGUCUCUGUUAGGUACAUCACCACUUCAUGGUAACUAUCAUAAAGCAACUCUCAAGUAUUACAGCACUUCUUUGUGAAUACCUAAAGAUUCAGGAACCAAAUAUCACUGCUAAAAUUAAAAUAUAUAAAACCCCACUUUGUGUAUGAUUUUAGUAUGAACACAUUCCAAAGCAUGGUAUAUAAGAUAAACACACGAAAUGCCAAAAUAUUAGUUAGGUCACUGUGAAUCUGCUUAGUCUGCACACUUUCUUAAACUCUCUACUGUUCUUUCAAAGUAAAACUUGUUAGUCUUCUGAAAGGAAUAAGUGUAUACAUGUUUACUUAAUCUAGGCACUUUGCACCAGAAUAAGCCUUCUACAUCAUGUCUCUCACAUGUGCUUUUUUAUUGUUUUAGGACUGUUUUGGUACACACACUGUGUGUAGAUUUUCUGUCAAGUACAUUUUAUUGCAAAGUUAAUAGUAUGAUAAAAUAUCUAUUUUUCUUAGAGGAAAGUUUGUUUAAAUUGCAUUUCCUUAUUGCAUUGUCUUUUUUGCAAAAAUAUGGUUAUGAAAGAAUGUUUUCUUAUCUCAAUAUAUAUACUUUUUCCUUCCUCCUUGCCAGGAUGAAGUCAAUUUUGAAUGUCUUAAUCUUUUUGAAUGUCUUAAUCAGAUAAUUGGUAUUGCUCUUUGUACUAGUGCCCAUAUAGCCAAACCUGCCUUUUUGAAAAUCUCUCUCAACAGCUAGAUUGCUUGUGAUAGCCUGAAUAUAAACAGUAGAGAUGUAUGUCUUUUAUUUGCAAGUUUUAAACCAGCUGGGAAGAAAUGUGUUUUUUGCAAGAGGAAACAUUCUUUUAAACUUGUUUUAAGCAAUGAAAUCAAUGCACACUCAAGGUUUUGGGUGAUCUAUAGCAAGAUAUUGCUCGUAUUGCUGUUACAAAAUUAGUAGAGUGCAAAUAGAUUGAAAAGAUUCAAGAUGUAUAUCACAAAUGUACUGAGCUGUAUAUAAUUGAAAUAAACGUAUUUUAUACUUUAAAAUACCUGUCCAGAGCACUACUUGCAAACCUGCAUAAAAUUCAAUCUAAACUGAUGAGAUUCUAAAAGCUUUUUUUGUAAAAAGGCAUUGCUCAGUGGCUUUAUGUAUUGUAAUUUCCCUAAAUGUCUAAGUUCUUUCUUAUUGACAAUUUUUCCUCCAUGCUAUAGGUAGUAGAAUUAAUGUGAUUUAAUGAAACCUUGACCUCCACAUCCCAGGAAUUUCAUACGACAUUGCAUGAGUCAGUAAUUUUAAACCUACAGUGCCUUUUACAUGGCUUCCUUUCUGACACUGUGAUGGCAGCUUUGGUGCAGUUUCUGUGAAAAUGCGCAAUCCUUAAGAUUGAGGCCAAUAAAUGUUAAUAUUGGAAUAUAAUCGUUAUAAUAUUAAUUUGAUGAACUGCCACAGGUCUUCAAAGCACCUCUUAUUGUAUAGCACAGUUAACUAGUUUGAAGAUUUUUUCAUUGCUUGAAUCUCAAAUGGAAUAUAAAUAAAUGUGCUCAUUAGACUUUGUCAAUAAUUAGAAAGUCAUUUAUAAUUAGAUAUGUGUUAGAAUGAUGCCUAAUCCACUGAAGCAUAUACCAGCACUUGGUAUGUCUGGAGACAACUUGUUCAUAAGGAGAAAUGUAAUUUAAAUAUUUCUGACAUAAUUAUGGGGAAGUUAAUACUAGUUUUUCAGCGUGUACACAUCUGUAAGAACUUUUUAGAACAUUAGUACAGAGCCAGGGAAACAGAUACAAUGAUGACUCGUUUAAUAACUUGGUCAUAUUGUCGUCUUCUGUUUUUCCAAACUUGGGCCUUGUCUGCACUGGGUAUUUGUCAUGAUUUCAGCAUUCUGUGGCCAGCCAUCAAUGUAGCAGAGUUUUACUGGUGCAGCUGCCUCCGUGACUGGCCACCAAUUGCUGAAAUCAGGGCAAAUACCCAGUGUAGACAAGGCCUCUGAGUUCUUAGGUCACUUUCAGAUAUGAAUCUCCACUCAUUUUUGUAUGUAUGCUUUGAGUUAUGUGCACUGCAUGAGUGUGGUUCCAUGCAGGCAAAUCAUCUUGAAAAGAACCACAGAUAAUAGGGAAAAAUGGUUACUUACCAGUCCUCCAAGAUUACACAGAUGACACCCAGCAAAGUGUGUACUGGUAUAUAGGAAACAUGACUUCCCAUGUAAUAAUGCCAAAGAUUAGAAAGUAUGCAACUGAAAAUCAGAUUCUUUGGUGUGAUACUUCCAUAGUACAUAACAGCUCAUGCUUAUAGCUACGACUGCUUUUAGCUUUGGAGGUCCCCUGGUCAGUCCCAUAUGAUGGCAGUUGUCAGACAGACAAAGUAAUCGGAUGGUUUAAUUAUAGUGGACUUGAAUCCUCUUUCAGUCAACAAAAGCACAAAUUUGUGGAGGAAACUCAUUGAUUCUUUAAUGAAAUUCAUGUCAUGUCUGUAGUUUCUUUUGCAUGUGGGGCUAUUGAGUGAUCAGAGCUAGCCUUUGGGGCCCUCCAAAGCCAGUGGCCAACGGCUCCCGUUUAUCUGGGUAUCUAGCAAUGGCAGUGCUAUUCUCAGCUUUCAU